AUGUUUAUAUAUUGUUUAGUAUCGCAUUUUAUUCGUCAAUGUAUUUAUAAUCAUAUUAUUCUUGGUAAUGAAGCAAAACAACCAACAAUACUAACAUCAUACGGAGUAGUAGUUCAUAUAAAUAGAUAUGUUCUCCAAUAUUGGAGUUCAAAAGCAGAUAUCAGAGUAAGACAAAAACAUAUUGUGCAACAAUCUAAUUAUAAACAAAUAUUAUCACAAUUAAAUCAUAUUUAUUUGAAUUAUUCAAUGGAUUUAAUAUCGAUACCAUUGCUUAAUCUACAUCAAUGGAAACUUACAAAAUCUUGCUUUGAUGAUUUAAGAAUUAUUCUUGAAAAUUCAUCACAAUUAAAAUUACUUUAUAUUUAUUUAGAUAUGAAUAUGUUAAAUAUUUCAUUUAUUUUACCAUUAAAUCAACUCAUUCGUCUUAAUCUAGAAAUUAAAAAUCAACGUAUUUCAAAAGAUCAAAUAGAACAGUUAUUAUCUAGUUUAAUUUAUUUAAAACAUCUAGAAUUGAAAGCAAAUAUUUUGGAGAAUGUUGUUAAUGAUUAUUUUUGA